AUGAUCUCCUGGGCCCCACCUGGUCCAAGGCACCCACCAUCUGAAUGCUUUUCCCCUGGAAUACAUCACCCUGUAUGACCUGCCCCAUGGCUUCUGACCCAAUAUUUCCUAGAGUCGUUACAAGACAAUGGCCUAUGGGGUGCACUGGGGGUUGACACCUCUGUGCCUCUAAAUGCUGCCCCUUCUCAGAGUAAGAACACUUGCCCAGGGCUUUUUUUGGAAGAGACCUGGGGUUUCUCAAGCAGGAGCAGUUUAUCAACCUUCCCUCCUACCCUGACUGCUUCCGGGUGGCUGUAAAGCACCAAUGAUUCCAUGUUUUGAGUUUUCUGUGGAACCGGAGCCUGGAGACCUGAUUGAGAUUUUCCGCGUUGGCUAUGAGCACUGGGCCAUCUAUGUGGGAGGUGGUAAUGUGAUCCAUCUGGCUCCUCCAAGUGAGUACCCUGGGGCUGGCUCUUCCAGCAUCUUCUCCGUUCUGAGCAGCAGGGCGGUGGUGAAACAGGAGCGCCUGCAGGACGUAGUGGGUGGCUGCCGCUAUCGGGUCAACAACUACUUGGACCACCAGUACAGACCACGGCCUGUGGACGAGAUCAUCAGUUCUGCAAAGGAGGAGAUUGGUGAGGAGGUGGAGUACAGUCUUGUGAGCAAGAACUGUGAGCACUUUGUCACCUGUCUGAGAUACGGCAAGGCCUGCUGCAGGCAGGUGGAACACGCCAUGAUUGCAGGAGAGGUGACCCUGGUACUCGGAAUUCUGGGUUUCACGGGAUACUCUCUUUUGAAGAAACGAUCCCAAAACCAGUGACAGCCUGAGGAGCCACCGAUUCUUGCGUUAGAAGCAGCUGUGGAGGCCAGAGGAGAAGGCCUCCCACAGUCCUCUGUCUGCCUGAUGCUCACACUUGGGCAACACGUAUUUCCUUCUCUCGCUUUUCCUCUCUCACUGGCUGAAGGAUGGGCUAAUUGUACCCCCACUGAGGAAUCAAUAAAUCUAUCUAUCUGUCUCUUCAGAAAGGAC